CUAGAGGGUGCAAGUGUGUUGUAUUACUUAUUAGUUGGAUUGAAACCACUUCAGGAUCUAGAUUUUCAAGAUGAUGAACGACUACAGCUUCAGCUCUGACCUCUCCAUGGAUACGUCCUCAUCCUGUCCUAAUACUCCAGAGAAAGACGGUGUCCCUGUGAGCACUGAGAGUCCCAGGGCUAAGGAUUGGCAGAGAUUGCUCCAGAUGUCUGAUGGAUAUGGGGACAAGAAUAUGUUCAUUAACGACGCUAUUCAUGGACAUAUCAAG